CCUUUAUAGCCAGCAUUAUUACUCAAGUUAAUCUCAACACAUCUUACUGCGAGACUACAGUCAAGAGACAUCAGCAGAAAUGAAGGCCAUUGUAAUCUUAAGCUUUUUGGGAUGUGCACUUGCACAAGACAGGAUUUUUUCAUGGAAUGGUCCGGGAGAACCCAGUGACGUUGACCCCAAUGAGAAUGUGUGUCCGACUGAUGUGGCGUCCUGUGGAUGCUGCCUGAUGAAGAAUCAGAUGUGGAAGAUGGAGACCUUUUUCAACAUGAGCUUAAAUGAGCUACAAAGGGGACUGGAGAGAGCUCACGCAGUCUUAAACAAUAUUCGUGCCAGUCGCAGUGCCUUCUCUGUGGCUCUGACUGACACACGCCUAUGUGUCGGCCCGAAUCGCGAAGACUCCGUGGUGAAGUAUGGCAGUGUGUUUAUUAACUUGGGAGAUGGCUACAGCACCAACACUGGUGCUUUUGUGGCUCCACGUUCUGGUGUCUACAGCCUGGCACUAACUGUUUAUAGUGAUGCUGGUGCUGCCGGAGCCACGCUGGCUGCUUGUGCUCGACUCCAGCUGAACGGACGCACACUCGCGUCACCGAGUGAGAAGAACAACCAAGACCAGGAGGACAGCGUUAGCGCUGUGCUGGCAGUGCAGCUGAAUGCAGGAGACCGGGUGGAUGUUGCUCUUCCAGCCGGCUGCUUUCUGUGCGACGAUAACAACCACUACAACACUUUCACCGGGUUCCUGCUCUAUGCCACUGAUUAAUAUACAGACAAUUAAUACUGUUUUUUUAAAUUGACAUACACGGUUUACACUGUUUUACUUUUUAAUGUGUAAAAUACAGUGUGCGACAAUUGAU